CUGAGAGGAUCACGUGGUACCAUAAUAUCUACAUGUGUAUGUGUGUAUUCGCGACAAAUCGUAUCGUGAACUGUCAUUGAAGGUUAGCUGAAACACGUAAACGUAAAUAACAAGCUAAAUAUAGUGAUAACGCGAUUAUUUUUCAACAAAUCGUGGUAAUUUCGAACGAAAAUAACUACUAAAAUAUCGAGAAUGGAACGAAAUUUGGUUAAAACGUUGGAUGACACAUAUACUAAGGAAGGCAUCGUUGGCUGUAUUUUGGUAGAUCAUUCUGGUCUCUGCUUAGGAGUUAAAGGUGAUGCAUCAAGUGACAGCGCGGGAUUGAUAGCAGCUAUAUCAGGUCUAGUUGCAAAAUUAGAGCCCAAGUCUAAAGCACCAAUUAUAUCCCUUCAAAAUGACAGCAGGCAGUGUAUCAUAUAUCGCAAGGGUCCUGUAGUUGGUGCUGUAUAUAAAGAUAUAUCAACUUGAAACAAUUAUUCUUGUUAAAUACCUGGAACUUACUUAUAUCUGAAAUUAGAUGUAUUUAGGAAUAUUUUGUUUAAUAAGUUUUAUAAGUUGAAUAUACGAAUUAAUAAAGAAUUUUAAUAAAUGUAAA